AGUACCAGUUGAUGCAGUGCAAUGUAUAUUCAAACAUGAAGGGCACAAAGUUCGCAAGAUAUUUCGUGGCAUUCGUCAUUUUUGCGGUGCUUUCCGCGCAAAGUUGUCUGACUUGCACGCUAUCGAAAAGCGCUGUGGGACAAGCGGAGCAGAAGGACUGGUGGCAAACUGCGCAGUUCUACCAGAUUUAUCCGCGCUCCUUCCAGGACUCCGACGGCGAUGGCAUCGGCGACUUGAAGGGCAUAACGUCGCGUUUGCAGUACCUCAAGGAUAUUGGCGUAACCGCGGCGUGGCUGUCGCCAAUUUUCAAAUCGCCGAUGGUGGACUUUGGUUAUGACAUUGCGGAUUUCUAUGAAAUUCAGCCCGAAUAUGGUACAAUGGAUGAUUUUCGCGAGUUGAUUUCAAAGGCGAACGCUUUGGGUCUUAAGAUCAUUUUGGAUUUCGUACCGAAUCACUCGAGUGAUGAGUGUGAGUGGUUCCAGAAAUCACUACGGCGUGAACGCGGUUACGAGGACUACUAUGUGUGGCACGACGGCAAGUUGGACGCGGAGGGAAAGCGCAUACCGCCGAGCAACUGGCUGCAAGCAUUCCGCGGUUCCGCAUGGGAAUGGCGCGAGGAACGCCAGCAAUAUUAUCUGCAUCAAUUCGCCGUGAAGCAGGUGGAUCUGAACUACCGCAACCCAGCCGUGGUGGAGCAAAUGAAACGCAUAAUACGCUACUGGCUUGAUCAAGGCGUGGCUGGUUUUCGUGUCGACGCAGUGCCAGUGCUUUUCGAGGUGGAACCCGACGCGAAUGGCCAAUAUCCUGAUGAAGAGGUGAGUGGCACCACCGAUGAUAAGGACGAUCGCGCUUACCUAAAAAGCGACCUGAUAGAAAAUCGGCCGGAGACCAUCGACAUGGUUUACCAGUGGCGUCAAGUGAUGGAUGACUAUCAGCGCAUACAUGGCGGCGACACGCGUGUGCUGCUUAUCGAGACCUACGCACCGCCCGCAUACACAAUGCAAAUGUAUGGCAACCGUACGGUGGAGGGCGCGCAUUUGCCAUUCAACUUCAAUUUGAUCACCGUGCUGAAGCAGGGCGUGAGUGCGACAUACGUGCAGCAGGCGGUCGAUGAGUGGCUAAAGAAUAUGCCGGCGAAACGUACGGCGAAUUGGGUGAUUGGUAAUCACGAUCAGCGUCGCGCGGCUAGUCGCUACGGUGUGCAACGAACGGACGCCAUGAAUAUGCUGGUCAUGAUUUUGCCCGGCGCAAGUGUCACCUAUCAGGGUGAAGAAUUGGGCAUGAUAGAUGGUGUGAUCUCAUGGGAAGAUACCGUCGAUCCAGCGGCUUGCAACUCAAACAAAGACAUAUAUGAAAAUUUCACGCGCGAUCCGUCACGUACGCCCUUCCAAUGGACCGCAGGCACUAAUGCUGGUUUCUCCAAUGCCUCCAAGACCUGGCUACCCAUAGCACCAGACUAUCAAACCUUGAAUGUUGAAGUGGAAAAUUCGAGCGCCAACUCGCAUCUGAAGAUCUACAAGUCACUAAUUGAGCUGCGUAAAAGCUCGAAAACCCUACAGGAUGGCUCCUACAAAUAUAAGGCUUUGGCAAACGACUUUUUCGUCUUGAAACGCUUCUUAACUGGCGAGGAUACUGUGGUAUAUAUCGCUAAUUUCGGUAAUAACACAAACUCCGUGGAUCUGCAGCAGGACUUUGAUGCCUCGCUGCCUGCUGCAAUGACUUUGAAGAUAAACAGUUUGGACUCGACGAAAACGAGCGGCUCCGACGUAAACACAAAGAGCUUGUCGUUGGCAGCUGGUGAGGCGUUGAUUUUGAGUGGUCGCACUAAUUGAGUUUAGAGUUUUCAAUAGCACUGUACACUUGUUGUUGUUGUUCCAAAAUGCAAACAUGUAAUUUUAUAAAAAAAAAUUUAUCAAAUGAGUACUCUAGAGUACGCAUUAGUGAAACCAAA